AUAGCUGCAAAAUGAAAAUAACCCUGGGCUAUUUCGGAGGAAACGAGAAAUGAAGCGCUUAACUACCGGGACGCUCCUUGAAAGCCACCUCCAUGCCCUUCAACUCACUUCAGGCGCAGCAUCGGGCGCGGCUGUGGUGGAAGUGCUGCCUCCGUUCCCAACCGACGAGCUAAAGCCAACGCUGAAGUGCAAGUACAAGGACGUCAAGGAGCUCCUUGCAGCGACAUUCCCGAAGAACAGGGUUGAGAUCCACGAUAGCGUCUACGGCGGGCGCAAUGGUGGCAGCGGCAACUACAGCUACCGUGCCUGCCUGGCCGCCGGCGUGUGGGUGCGGCACGGGGAGGGCCGGGGUCGCAUCCUGUGCGCCGCACUGCUCCGCCUCAACCUGAAGCUGGACGCGGCCAGGACGGCGGAGGCGAGCAGGACACACGUGCAGCUCCUCUACCUGGCCACCCGCCCCGACUGCCGCCACCGCGGACUAGCCCGGCUGCUGCUGCGACACAUCCUGCGGGCGGCAGCGGCGCAGGGACACCAGUACGCCUCCGUGGUGGUGGGCGGGCGGGAUGUGCAGGCCUACUGGUGCCGCAUGGGCUUCUCCGCGGGGCCCGAGGGCUGGCAGGAGCCGCCGGGCGGGGUGCGGCGGGCUCGGGCGGGGGAGACGGAGGCGGUGCGGGCGGUGGUGGCGGCCAGUCGGCAGCACCAGCCGCACUCCGCCAUCUGGGUCACACCGCUGCAGCCGGAGCCGGGCGGCAUGACGUGGGAGGAGCGGGUCGCGGCUGCGGAAGCCCAAGUCAAACUGUCCACACCAGCAGCGCCAGCAGCAGAGGCAGCAGCAGCAGCAGCAGAGGCGGCGGCAGCAGGAGGAGCGGCCUCGGUGAAGCCGGCGGCAGCGGUGCAGGGGGCGUCAGCAGCGGCGCAGGGGGCUCCGGGGGGCGUGACGGCAGCGAUGGAGGUAGGGGAGGCAGAGGCAGCAGCAGCAGCAGCCGCAGGGGCGGCGGCGGUGGCGGCUACAGCAGCAGGGGCGCCCCCCGCGGAGGAGCUGCCGGAGCGCUCCUUCGUCUACAACAGGGGCAGCUCAGAUGAGGAAGAGGACGAAGAGGAGGUGGAAGAGGGCGGAGGGAAGGAGCAGCAGAGCGUCAUUGCUUCGGCUGCUGCCGGGGCCGCAGCUCAGCUCCCCUCGCAAGCCCCGCACACCUCCCCCACCGUGCGCCCACCUGCACGCCCGGGGCCGAACCCGUACGGCGACAUGUUUGGUAGCGAUGACGAUGGGGAGGGGGAGGAGCAGGUGGAUGACGAUGGGGAGGGGGAGGAGCAGGUGGAUGAUGAGCAGCGGGAAGCCAGCAGCGGGCGGCAGGGGCGGUGGGAGCGGGUGUGCGUGCAAGAGCAGCUAGGGCAGGCAGAACUGCGGGGGCAGCAGCCGCAGCGGGAGCAGCGGGAGGAGGGCAGCGAGCAGGACCAAGGGACGGCGGAGGAGGAGGCGAUCUCCUCCUUCACCCACGUAGAUAGCGGAGGCGAGCUGGAGCGGGGUCGGGGGGCGGAGGGCGGCACGGGUGCCGAGG